AGGUCCUCAAGCUAGCGCAAGGUCUGUGAUGUUAGAGAUGUAUCUGUAGGCAGUGUUUAUGUCCCGAGAGGAUCGUGAGAGAGUCUACCGUUUUAUAUCGUCGCAGAUCGUGGUCGAUAGUACAAUGCAAUAUUCAUCUGUAUCACAUAGCACGUUCACAAUUUCCUCAUAUGGCUCGAAAACUAGCUUUGGCUUGGCUGUCGUAGUCGGCUUUUUAUUCAAGGUGCAGUGGCUUACAUUUCAAUUCAUUGUUUCACACAUGUUGUCUACGCUUACCGUUUGAUUCGCUCUAGACCUCUAGUUCUAGAUCAUUCUGCUCUUUUCGUAAAAUGCGACUUCUGCUCGUAAAAUUUUCGAUUUCGCUUACGAAGUUGAAGUUCUACUUCGACCUAUUUUAGUCUUCAUCUACGGGUACUAACAUCGACGUCAUUUGCAGCCAUGUCUGCAACCGUAGUCUUGACUGCUGCGCAGCUUCUGUGUGCUUCCAAGUGCGUAGAGCAUUUGGUACCAAUCGCCAGCAACACCCUGCUAAUCGACAGCCUAUCCGCGGAGAGGAAAACAUUUUGGAAGGAGGGGAAGGAGCACGAUUUUUUCGCGACAGGGACCGUUUCAAGUGGCACGACGGGCGUAUCAAGCAGCACCACGCCGAGUCUUUUGCAGUAUUGUUUGGACAUUGUGGGCGGCGCUGGGAGCAGUACACCCGCAAACGCUCUAACAGCGUCCUCGCCCCUAUCCAGAACGAGCAACUGGUACUCUUUUACUACAGGUGCAACUACCCCGACAUCAAAUACCGCCCAGCUAUUAAACGAACCACAAAUCGACAGUGCCUGGACCUGUUGCAAGCUGUGGCAGAACUACCUCGGCUGUCGUGCGGCGCGUUGCGGGAUCCAAGCGGACUCCUUAUCAAAAGGAAAACCCCCCCCUCCGCCUCCCCAUAUCGAAAAGAUAUGUUUCCGAUAAUUUGUGUUGCUGAUUUCAGAACACAAAUCACGUCUGUCUUGCAAGAAGACAAGUGCAGAGGCUUCCGCGCCAUUAUGGAAGCGAUUUGGCAUGCUGUUGGGCCUAGGAGACAGCCGGUCGCAAUGCUAAACAACUAGACCCUUGCUCCCCUACCUACGCUGCGGAUCUGGCUGCGAUGCCGUAUUGCAAGACAGUGCGCAUCUGUGUACGAAAAUCCAGCAUCAGAAACUUCGUCUCGAUAUGGGGAGGGGGGAUUUUUCCUCACAAUACUCCUUCUCGGAUCUCUACUUCGAUAAGUGUUUCCCGAGCGAAACCGCGCAACAGCGGGCGGUGAUCCAGGCGCUCAAGCCGGAGAUGAAACCGAGGUGGCACCUGAUGCCGACGAUAUUUUUGACCGGCAGUUUCGUCUUAGAGUUUAACACGUUGGAGGAAAAAAACGCGUUUCUGUUGCUCUCGUCAGGAGGUGCAAGUAGUAGUACUUCUCCGGGAACUACAAGCAGUAGUGCCAGCAACACAAUAAAUUCCGGUCACUUUGUUGCCAUAAAUCAGCAGUUCGCGUCCUACAUCCGCGAAAGAUUUUGGAACAAGGACCAGUUCCGGAGGACGAGCGUUUUGGGAAAACAAUCCCAAACCACGCGGCACGCCAUUUUCGGGUACGAAACCCUGGAUUUUUGGGUCCAGGUGAAGCCGAGAAACACCCUCUCGGGCGUGACGCCCGCGACGCUGGUGAGCGCAGAGCCAUUGGCGCGCACUCCGUUCGACGACGAGGAAAGGGAGUACGCGCUGCGGCCGCACUACAAACGGAUCGACGUCACGGAGAUGCUACAGCGGCAGACGGCGUUGCUUUUGCACACGGUAGAAUUAGUAAUUUUCUUUUUCUCUUGCAGUCGUGUUGUUCUUUCGGAAUUCUGGUUCUAGGUACCACCUAGUCCUCCAACAUCAUGUUGGACACAGUCGUAAUGAGAAAGAGAAUGGGCAACAUGAACAUGCUGGUUGGUGGCUUCAAUCGACGUAUAAACCUAUGAAAAAACCAGGCUUUUCGACUUGCUCAGCAAAACGGACGACGUCAUUAAAAGUGCCGAGAAGCAGAAAAAAGCCAUCGUGAAGCAACUGGAGGCGGUUGCCGGCGCGAGCGUCGACCGCAACGGAGACGGCUGCGUGUCCACGUUUGAGGCGAAAACGUUCUGCGGUUUGAUUGCGAGAAGGAGCAGUGGCGGACCGCAGCCCGGGGAUGGCAGUGCCACGGCCUCGAUCAACCCGACCUCGAGUUUUGUGGAAGUUAUUACGGCGCAGAGGCGGAAACAGCUCGUGCAGUUGCCAUCGUGGGCAGAUUGCAGGAGGAGGAUCGCGUCCGCUUGCCGUGCUUGCACUGCUGCACGAGAUCCUGACAUGAAUUCGGAAGAUAGUGCGGAUACUACAACUACUGUGACGAGCGGCGUGACGAGCGUGGAGGUAACCAAAGCGUGCGAGAUGCUCAUCCAUCGCAGCUGCAGCACGAAGGCUUUGCCGUUGCCAUAUGGGAGCGACUCGGGGCCGGGGGCAUGCAAGCACUCGCAAGGUCGGGCGUUUUCAAGGGUGUUUGGCCUUUAGAAAGCGGAUCCCGGAAGAGUUCGCCGCCUUUUUGUGAAAGCCGAAAAAACAGCACUCGUCAAGCAGGGGAGUGGCAACAUAGAGCACUUGGGCGGCUCCGCGCGAUCUGAUUCUGAAACGGAAUAGCUCUUCUGUCGGUUAUUGCCGAUGGGGUGAGGCGUUUUAGAGCGGAAAUCUUGCCACCCGUCGGCCGCUCCGGUCGCUUGAAAACUGAAAAAAAGUGCGCGGAAGCGACACUUUUUCGCGGCGUGGAAGCGGCCAAAAAAAAGACGGAGUCACUUCGUGUACGGCACGGAGGCCGCGUGAAAAUUGGAUUUGGAAGUGCUAACCUUUUCUGAAAAAGUAAAAGCCGCUUGAGAGUCGCCGCGCGCCCAAAAGCGGUUUCUAAAAUUGUCACAGGGCCCAUACCGUCUACCAAGCCUGUGGAGGUGUGUCCCCCCCGCACGGUUUCCAUCUCGCUAAGGCCCACAAAUUGCACCCCUUCCCCCACCUUGGAAAUGCCCGAUGUGGGCAUCCAAAAAGGGCUGCAGCCGGAAAUGGCCAAAAUAAUUCAACUUUUUGAGCUUCGCUUUUGUUUGCCUUCCCGUCUGCCGUCGUGCAUAAACGUUAUGCGCGAUGGCCUAAUGGCUUCCAGAGAAGGCUACUUCGUUUCAAGGAGCCUCGAACGGAUGCCCCGCGGAGAGAUGGCCGGAUUCCGCAUUCACUGCUUAUCGCAGGAGCCUGCGGGCCGCCGCGGUGUGGCGACAGUAGUUGCCCGCGGGCUCAAGAAGAAGGGGCGGCACUCCAAUAGAUGGCGCUUUUUCUCGUGUGCCGGCUGCCGCGCGGCGCUCGGCGAUCUUAGAAAAAGGCUGGUGGGUCUUCGCGCUGGUUAGAUGUUCACGCACGCAUUUGGUUACCAAUAUCGCCGCGACCCGGACCGAGGGCAGGAGGUGCCCAGCACCGAGCCCACAUCGGCGAUUUUAAUCUCUUUGACUCUUCUGGUAAUGAACUGCAACUUGUUCGUUGCUAUGCAGGAAUUAGCGGAUUAGUUACAACAUCGUGUAGACUGACAUCACUCUGCUAUAGAUAAAAACGAGAUUCGAAUAGCUUCGCCCGCUGGGUGUGACGUCGCAAACUUGCGCUAGAAGGAACAUUUUUCACAGAGUUCACCUGCCGCG